GUGUGGGGGUAGAGAGAGAGAGAACGAGGUGUACAGGGUGAAUUCUGUGUGGAAGAAAAGAGGAAGAAACAGAGGGCCCUUUUCUCCCUAGAUUCACCUGUGGAAGGGAAGGAACAAACAGGCGAAAAAGAAGAUAAGGAACAACCUUGUCAUUGAGCAUUGCUUCGGUUUAACGUGCAUCAAGUUCUACCCUCAUUCUCCACCUCGAUCACAAAAAUCUCUCUCUCAACUUUAAUCUCUGUUCAACGCCACUCGACAAAACUCUGGGGAGUUCAGUCUGACUUGAGAGGAAAGGGCAUAAGAAAUCAUCAUAAGUAUCUGCCCUGCAGGAGGAAGACAUAUCUUUAAAGCCCCCACCCCUUCUUCCCCUGCUGUCUCUCCAUCAUGACCUUGCUGGCGUCUGAGAGGUCACUGCUCAUCCGCAAUAAGUUUCGCUCAGUUCUGCAGUUGAGAAUACAGAACCGCAGACAGCAGAAUGAACUUAAUGCAGAGUCUGGUACAAAGGCCUCCGUCCCUGAUAAAGUUGGGGAGAAAGAAGCCAGCAGUGGUUUGCGUCAGACUGAAGAUGGUGCCACUCAGAAGUCGCCCCCUAGUGGUCUGACUGCUCAAACUGCACCAGACAGGAGUUAUAGUGGAGCUCACAGGCAAAAGAAGGCCCGUCUGGCUGAGGAUCUGAGUGAGAAAAUCCAGAGUCAGCCUGGACCACUUGAACACUUGCAGAGGCAUAUUCUGCCUCUAGAGAACACUGCUUCAUUGCCAUCAGAUGUCUUUGAAGAUGACAACUCCUCGUCUGCCUCUACAUCUCCCGAGCAACUCAGGAUGCACCAGUCACCUGGAUUAUUAUCAUCACCUGGGCAAGGAGGUGACCAAUUACUGAGUGAUGCAUCAUCUGUUGCUACGCCCAUCAGCCCAAACAGUGUACAGGUUAAAAAGCUGGAAAAUGGUUUUCACCACUAUCGACUCAUCUUUUCAAAGCAGUGUAGAUUGGCAUUGCUCCCGGCAACCGAGGGCAUCAGCCAACCAAUGACCAUGACUGUAACAGGGUCAAACUCCAUAUCAACAACUGGGAGACCCAAAGGGAUGUGCAUGCCCUCCCAGACACCACCACUGCUGCCAAAGACAGCACAGCCUUCAGUUCCACCUUCUCAUUCCAUUCUGGGUGGGUCCUUAACUUCAUCCCGCCCUCCACGGCCACGAAAGCCUCGCGAUUCAAAACCUAAAAUGAGGAAGUUGAAAUAUCAUCAGUACAUUCCCCCAGAUCAAAGAACUGGGACUGGAAGCGGAGCCGGAAGUGCUUCACAAAAGAAUAAUAGCGGUCAGGCUCCGCCCACUGAUUCCUCUUACUCCCACCUUUUGCAACAACAGCAGGUGUUCUUACAACUACAAAUUCUUAACCAGCAACAACAGCUCCCUGUGACAAACAGUGAGAACCAUCUGAAGAUUUCUGGAACUACGCCUCAAAGUUCCCCUCAAACUGGAACACCAUCAACAAACCCAUCUACUCCUGAUACAAGUCCCAUCCACCAGGCAGAGUUACUGCCCUUAAACCUUGAUGACUUAACGGUGUCAGUUCUUCGACAGCAGUUGCGGAAACGUGGACUCCCAGUUUCUGGCACUAAGCCUGCACUAUUAGAGAGACUUCGUCCUUUCCAGAUGCCUCGUCACCCAUUAACACCUGUGCCGCUUUGCCAGCUAGGGACCACGCUAGAGUCCACCCACCCUGCCAGCCUCAACCGCAUCCCUACCAGCUUAGACACCUCUGCCAACUCUGCACCAAUGUACAUCAGCCCUUCGGGUUUAGCAGAGCAAAGCCUAGGUAGUGAUAGUUACCUCACUUCUCCUUCAUCUACUGGCUCCAGCCCCACCUUACAUAGAUCCUCCCCUCCAAUACCCUCUGCUACUACGUGGAGGCCAGGCCAGGCAGUAGAUGAACUUAGUGUGGAGCUGGAAAUGAGAGAGAGGAUGAGGAGCAGACCAAGAGAAGGAGCAAAGGGCACUCAGCUGUGUGAAAGUUCCCUUCAUCCGUUCCUGCAACAGGAGACAGGAUGCACCAGAGGGAAACCAGACACAAGUGGACAGGAACUGCUCUUUACAUGCUGCGCUGGUGAUGGAAAAGUGAACUGCUGCCAGCUUUGUGAUGUGAUUGGUCAAGACUUUGAUUUGCCCAUGCAAAUUACUGCCAGUCCAGCACAAGCAUCACCCACUGUCCGGAGUCUGGAAGAAGAACUACAGGAGGCCAUUCAAAGAGUGCAGAUGGACCCUAGUCAAUCCAUAGAUGACAUUUUGGACGAGACUAUUAGUUGUUCAGAUAACUCUUCACUGAUCACAGACAUCCAGUCAGUCACUACCAUCCUUUCAGGCUCUUCCCCUGCCCCACAGCCUGACCAAUCACAGUCCACCAAGCGCCAAAAAGACGACAACUUCCUGUCCUCUCCUCUGUGCUCUUCACUUCUUUUAGAGCUUCCUCCCUCACCUAACAACGUUCCACCCCUCAGUUCAACCCCAGCUCCCCUUCCUCCUCCCCCCAUCUGCACCACUCCACCAUCCAGCUUACUGUCCAGGAAAAGAAGGUCAGAGGUUCCUGCUUUUGACCCCGCUGAUUGGCUGGAGUCCUUGACCUCUGGCCUGCAACCGCUCACGCCCCCCACCGCCCCAUUUCUAGAAAGCAAUUUUGGUCUUGACUCAGACCUGAACGUCAACAGAGUCCUCGACCUGAUGGUGGGGCAAUGGUGAGGAAGGGGGCAUAGUGUGUGUCUGUAUGUGCGUAUGGCUAAUUGGAUGCAUGAAUGGAAAUUAAUCACCUUUCAAAUCAUGUACCCUCAAGAGAAAACCCCCUCAUCCUUUCAUUCGUUCCUGUUUUUGCAUCCAUUCAUCUCUGUCAACUGAUGUGACCAAACAGAUCUGACUGGUGUUGACUGCUAACCUCUACUCCACGCAAUGACGAGAGAAAGAGGGAAAUGGAAAAAGAGAUAUGCUUUGGUAACUCGUACAGAAAGAUCCACAAAGAGCAUGUGCACAUAUGCCACACUUUCCCGAUGACUUGUAUUUUUAUAAAAGCUUAAAAAAUGAAAAAAGUAUAUAUUAUACAAAAGAAGUGGGCUUCCCCAUUGAUUUGCCUCUUGCUUCAGCGCCAGACAAACUGUCGGCAUGUGGCAAGUGUGUGGAGCAGCGGGAGCUUCAAACAAUCUGUGUGUAUUUGCAGUAUGCGCUCCCUGUAUGUGUGACCACGCUUCUCUUGGCUGCUUUAUCUGCGUGUGUGUGUUUGUGUUGGCGCAUACACACAUGCCAGCAUAUUCUGUAUCUACAAUUUCAGUGCACCAUAAAUGAGGUGCCUAAAGCAUCCAAAUGCACUUGUUUCUGUUUAUACUGGUUUACAUUUUUCCAUUUAGUAUUGAGUUAUGUUAUGCUUUGUCUGGACUAGUGCAUCAUGGGACUGAUGUUCACCCAAAAGUAUUGGCCCAACAACAGAUCCUCUGAAGAUUUUUAGGCAGAAUAACUAAUGCUACCUUUAGGCACCAAUAUAGUACAAAAUAAUGCUGGUCUGAGGCCAGUAUGCACCUUCAGCGGGAUUUAAACCACAAAUUAGUUUGGGACCUUAGGAGAAAAUGUGUUUUAAAAAAGCCUAACGUAAUUAAAUCCAAAAAUCUAAAGGCUUUUGAGCUGAUUGAUCAGCCUUCCCAGAAAAUACUGUGUAAAGUUAAAGAAGUCAUCUUUCAACCGCUACUCUUUACAUUUUCUUAAUGGGACCCACUUUAACAUCGUCUACCAUUGUUGUUUACAGACAUUUGACCUUUCGACUGGCCAUUACUUUUAUGCAUUUCUCUGGACAAUGCAGUACAUUACUCAGUGCAAUAUGCUUCCAAGAAAGGGCACAGGAAUACAACACAUUUAAAUGUCCAAAGAAAGUGAAACAUGAACUCUUUAUUCUGUCCCAGUCUUAUAUGUGAAAGUGUAUGUGUAAAAAGGACAAUGUGUUUGAUAAUCAAAUAUAUUGCCCUGAGUUCAGUAUGCAGACAGGUGCUGGAGAAUCACAGCAUUUGUGCAGCUGGACAAGCCACAUGACCGACCAACCAACCAAAAAACAAACAUAUUAAGUAUUUGAUCUGAUAUAUUUAUUGAGUAAUUUAUUAAAACUCUGUCAACUAUCAUAUACAAGUCAUAUAGUAAACUUAAAAUAGUAUAAUUAAAGUCUUAAUUGAUUUCCCACCUGUGUCUGCUUCAUUGUUUGUUUGUUUUUUAAACAGUAAAAGCAUUUAAAAGGGA